UUAUCAAACUUCAUGAAAAAAGUGUACGAUAAAUGACUUAGUGCACCAAGUCCUUUUAACCUAGUACAUUUAACACAUUAUAUGUCAUUGCGUCUAAUUUGAGAUAUUCAUUUUAUACCCCUAAAUAUGGUGUAAAAUUGGUAGCUCCAUCCUUAAUCCCAUUGGACCGCUUUCAACAAGAAGGGUCCACAGUACACUGAACAAAACAAACUACUCUUGAUUUAUUCGAAAAGCCUGAUAAUCUCCAUGUUUUAAUAUGCAUAGGUUCUUUGGAUCUGGAUCUUAUAUGCUGAAAGGAAAAAACAGACACACUUUCUCAAACCUAGCUAGACAAUGGCAGUUGCUAUUCUACUCUUCAUCUCACUCUUUCACUUCAUCACAGGUGCAAAUUCAGCCACAUUCAAUAUUGUAAACAAGUGCAGCUACCCAGUUUGGCCGGGACUUUUGUCCGGCGCCGGAACACCACAACUCUCCACUACCGGAUUCGCCCUUCAACCGGGCGAAUCUAAUGUGGUGUCCAUCCCAGCCGGAUGGUCCGGCCGUGUAUGGGGCCGGACCCUUUGCUCCACAGACUCCGUCGGAAAAUUCUCAUGUCUCACCGGAGAUUGCGGUUCUUCCGCCGUAGAAUGUGGCGGCGCCGGCGCCGUACCUCCGGCGACCCUGGCGGAAUUCACCCUAAACGGCGCCGGAGGACUAGAUUUCUAUGACGUGAGCCUGGUUGACGGUUACAACCUCCCGAUGAUGGUGGUGCCUCACGGCAGCGGAAACUGUACGGCGACUGGAUGCGUGGCGGAUUUGAAUGGUGGGUGUCCAUCAGAGCUGAAGGUGAAGGCGGGAAGAGAGGAAGCGCGUGACGAGGGCGUGGCUUGCAAGAGCGCGUGUGAAGCGUUCGGCGAUCCGAAGUACUGUUGCAGUGGAGAUUACGCGACGCCGCAGAGUUGCAAGCCCACUUCGUACUCGCAGUUCUUCAAGAGCGCGUGCCCACGCGCUUAUAGCUACGCUUAUGAUGAUGGCACCAGCACCUUCACUUGUGCUUCUGCGGAUUAUCUCAUCACUUUCUGUCCCAAACCUCCCAAAAGUUCAAUGAAGGUAGUAAAUGGAAAAUUUCCAACGGCAGCAGAUAUCUCUAGAGGCCACAAGCACAAACAUGAAUCAGCCACUUACAUGACAAUAGCUAUUACUGCUAUUUUAGUUUCAUUUUGGUGGAGAUUCAAUUAAAUGAAUGUUUAGUGAGAAGAACAACCCAAUGGAACACACCUCAUUAGCAUGGUGAAAUUGAAUAUUAAUUGUACAAGAAAGUAAUGUUAUUUUUGUAGGUUAAAAUUUAAUAUUUAUUAAGAAUGUACAUUUGAGAGAGAAAUUUAAAAAUUUUGACCUAUAUAUCUCAUCUCAUCUA